CAUGCAUUGCACAGGAGAGAUGAAAUAAGCUCACCUCUCCUUUUCCUUCCCUCUUACCAUAUGAUUCUGAGACAGAGCUGAAGUCAUUUGAGAAUGUUCCAAGUCAUCUUUCUCCAUACUUUUUAAUUUAAUAUCGUAGUUGCUGAUCACUGCCUGACAAAGAACUGUAUGCUUGGGAUGCAUACAAGACUCAUUUAAAUUACAUUUUUUGAGUUAAUAUGUAAUGCUGAAGUAGUAAUCUUUUUUCUUUUUCUUCAUUUCUCAUGGGACUUUCUGUGCUAAUACUGAUAUGCAGUGAGGGUCUUUUAAUAUGAACACCUUGGUCCUGGACGUCUGGUUUGUUGCUCCUGUCAUCUUGCUGCUUUUAACACAUGAAGCAACUACUUCAUGGUGGUACAUGGGAGCUGUUGGUUCCUCCUCUACAUCAUCCCGUGUAAUGUGCAAUAAUGUACCUGGUUUGGUGACCCACCAGAGGCAGCUCUGCCGACGUUAUCCUGAAAUUAUGCACGUUAUUGGUGUAGGAGUGAGGGAAUGGACAUCAGAGUGUCAGCAUCAGUUUCGUCAUCACCGCUGGAAUUGCAACACACAUGAAAGAGAUCAAAGCUUAUUUGGAAAACUGAUUUUACGCAGUAGCCGUGAGUCAGCCUUUGUUUAUGCCAUCUCUUCUGCCGGAGUGGUGUUUGCUAUCACCAGGGCAUGCAGUCAAGGAGAGCUGAAGUCCUGUUCUUGUGAUCCUAAGAAAAAAGGUUCUUCCAAAGACAGCAGAGGCAGCUUUGACUGGGGUGGCUGCAGUGAUAACAUAGACUAUGGUGUCAAAUUUGCCAGAGCGUUUGUGGAUGCAAAAGAAGGAAGAGGUAAAGAUGCUAGAGCUCUGAUGAACCUACACAAUAACAGAGUCGGAAGAAAGGCUGUAAAAAGGUUUAUGAAACAAGAAUGCAAGUGCCAUGGAGUAAGUGGAUCCUGUACUUUAAGGACAUGCUGGUUGACUAUGGGGGAUUUUCGAAAAUCAGGAGACUUCUUGCGAAAGAAAUAUAAUGGAGCCAUACAAGUAGUUAUGAAUCAGGACGGUACUGGUUUCACAGUGGCAAACAAAAGAUUUAAUAAACCCACUACCAACGAUCUGGUAUACUUUGAGAAUUCACCUGACUACUGCAUCAGAGACAAGGGUGCCGGUUCAUUUGGAACAGCAGGUAGAACUUGCAGUCAGUCAUCACGUGGCAUGGACAGCUGUGAGGUUAUGUGCUGUGGAAGAGGAUAUGACACUGCUCGCAUUAGCAAAAUGGUACAGUGCGAAUGUAAGUUUCAUUGGUGCUGCGCAGUCCGAUGCAAAGACUGUCUGGAAACCGUUGAUGUGCACACGUGUAAAGCAGAAAAAGAUGUGGGCAAUGAGAAAACAUAGGGUCACUUGUGGACGUGGUACUACUCUAGCUUUACUGAAGACAUAGAGUACCAGAAAGAUAAUCCUCACGCAAAUCAACACUGAUUGAAACAUUUGUUGCUUUAUUAAAUACUAUUAAAUUAUAUUAAGUUAUAUUGUAAAUUAAGUCUUAUGGUGGCAACAGUCAUGGAGAUAUAUAUAUAUAUUUGUGAUGUUAAAAACUAUGAAAUGUAUAAUUUACAGUAAAGUACUCUAUAAGGAA